AUGAUCGCAGCCCAGAUACUCCUCGGAACUUUAGUAAUCGCCGCUCUGUGCGGUACAGGUUACUCGUCCAAUAAGUGUGAAAGUGCAGGAAAUGGCUAUUGCACCCGUCACUAUUGUAAAUAUGGUAACGAUCUGGAAACAGAUCCAAAACUCAGUGAUUGUAAUGACUAUAAAAAUUGUUGUCGACGUAACAAACCUGGAUAUGGAGGAUAUGAUGCAAAAUAUGCACCAGAAUAUGCACCACAAUAUGCACCAGAAUAUAAGUCAAAGUAUGCACCAGAAUAUAAGUCAAAGUAUGCACCCGAAUACAAGCCAACAUAUGCACCAGCAUAUAAGCCAACAUAUGCACCACAAUACAAGCCAAAAUUUGCACCUUAA